AUGCCCAUUGACUUCCAUCUUGGCCCAACCGAGGCGGCCACCCGCGCUGCCGCUGCCGGGUUUGCUCAGAAUGUUCUCAAGCCCGCUCGUGCCGAGUACCUCAAGUACACGGAGCAUUCCGAAAGAUUCCAAGCCACUCAGCCGGCCUAUGCUGCUGCUGUUCAAGGCGGUUUACUGAAAGGCCAAAUCUCCCCUGCUCAUGGCGGCAACGGUGGGAGUCUUGUCGAAGCGGCCAUUAUGGUCGAGGAAUGCUACUCUGUUGAACCUUCCGCAGCGCUCACGAUAUUCGCCACCGGCCUCGGCCUAACCCCGCUCAACAUCGCCGGCAAGCCCGAGCACGCCGAGUUCCUAGCGCCCUUCCUCAGCGGCGAGGGCACGCCCCUCGCCUCCCUCGUCUUCAGCGAGCCCGGCGGCGUGGCCAACGCGCUCGAGAAGGGCGCGCCCGGCUUCCAGACCACCGCGCGCCGCGAGGGCGACGAGUGGGUCAUCAACGGCGAGAAGAUGUGGGCGACCAACUGCGCCGGCUGGGACUUCCAGGGCUGCGACCUCGCCUGUGUCGUGUGCCGCGACGUCACCGACGACGACACCACCUCCAACCCCAACUCCGGCAGCGCCCCUGAGUCUGACCCGCGCGACCGCGUCAUGAUCAUCCUGGUCACGCGCGCGGACCUCGAGCGCAGCGGGCCUUCAUCCUUCCAAGUCCUGCGGCACAUCAGCACACCCGGCCACACCUCCGUGUCCGGCCCACACGUCCGCUACACCAACGUGCGGGUGCCUGCCAAGAACGUGCUGUGCGCGCCCGGGCAGGGCGCGCAGGUGGCGUUUGGGGCGUUCGACGCGAGCGCCGUGCUGGUGGGCGCGAUGGGGGUGGGGCUGAUGCGCGCGGCGUUUGAGGCCGGGUUGGGCUUCGCGAAGAGGGAUGCGCGCGGGGGCGCGGUGCCGUUGUUGGAACGCCAGGCCGUGGCCGAUUUGUUGUCGGGCGUGAAGAUGCAGGCCGAGGCGGGCAGGGCGUUGACGUGGAAGGCGGCGUGUGCGAUGGAGAAGGGGCCGGGGGGGUAUGAGGCGCGGAGGGAGUUGGCGCUGGCGGCGAAGGUGUGGUGUAGUGAGGCGGCGGUGAAGGCGUGCGUGGAUGUGAUUAAUGCGGUUGGGGUGACGGCAUAUGAUGUGGACCAGCCCUUUGCCGAGCUGUUGAACAACGCGAUGGUGUUGCCCAUCUUUGACGGUGGCAAUGUUGGGAUUCGGAGACGCCACUUGCAGCAGUUGAUGCUAUCCCCAAAGUACGACGCGUGGGCAGCGACAUAUGGCCCGUCUGAGACGCCAUAA